AUGAUCGCGAAGUGCAGGCCGGGAGAGUUCCAGUGCUCGACCGGAGACUGCGUCAACGGCAUCCUCCGGUGUAACGGCUCUCCGGACUGUCCCGACAAGUCCGAUGAAUCCGGAUGUGUGAAGAUCCUGUGCAACGGACACUCCUUCAUCUACAAUGUGGUCACCAGAACAUGUCUUUCCUGCCAACACAACACCCAGGGACGGUACUGUGACACGUGCAAGCCCGGUUUCUAUGGCAACGCGAAGGUUGGGACGAAGGACGACUGCAAACAGUGCAGCUGUAACGGCCAUUCUACCACCUGUGACGUCACAGGAAAAUGUCUGAACUGCGGCCACAACACGGAGGGAGAGAAGUGCGAGAAGUGCCGGCCCGGGUUCCGCGGCGACGCCACCAAGGGGACGGCUAAGGACUGCCAGCCGUCCAGCACGGGACCCACCACGACGUGCAACACCUGCAACGGACACUCCACCACGUGCGACGCCACCGGCAAGUGUGUGAACUGUCAAGACAACACAGAAGGCGACAAGUGCGAGAAGUGCGCCAAGGGUUGGUGGGGAGAUCCUACCACAGGGAGUAAGAAGUGUCUGAAAUGCGUCUGCAACAACCACGCCGCCGACUGCGAGAAAGCAAACGGGAAGUGCAUAAGUUGCCAGGACAACACGCAGGGGUUCUUCUGUGACCAGUGUCUGCCUGGUUUUACUGGGACGGCGACGGACGGGAAACCUGACUCCUGUAGGGCUGCCAGCUGUGACGUUCUGUGUUACAAACACUCCACAACAUGUAACCUGGCCACCGGCAAGUGUGCGAGCUGCCAGCACAACACGGAAGGCGACAGGUGUGAGAAGUGUAAGACCGGAUUCACCGGGAACCCGACCACGGGCAGCGCGACCGCCUGUACUGCGGGGGGAGGGGCGACCACCUGCGCCACGCUGUGCUACGGGCAUUCCACCACCUGUAACCUAGCGGCAAAGACCUGCACGAACUGCGGAGACAACACGGAGGGGACCAGGUGCGAGACGUGUAAGACCGGCUACACCGGAGACGCCACCAAGGGUCCGUGCAAGUCCUGCCUGGACAACUGUAACAAGCACAGCAGCACGUGCGACAAGGCCACUGGAGUCUGCUCGGCCUGCCAGCAUCAGACCACUGGGUCGAAAUGUGAGAAGUGCGCGGCUGGUUACAUCGGUGACGCCACCAAGGGAACAUCCACCGACUGCAAACCCACUGCUGGCUGUCCAUGCAACAAACAUUCCAACACCUGCCCAGGAGGGGUCUGUAAGAACUGCCAGCAUUUCACUACCGGCGUGUACUGUGAGAUCUGUGAUACCGGGUACUACGGCAAGGCCACGGGAGGGACUCCCACCGACUGCAAGAAGUGCCCCUGCUCACCGAGAUCUACCAUGUGCAUCCUCCUGCCGGGGAAGACUGCACCGACGUGCAUGGGCUGUAUCGACGGGUACGCCGGAGAUGACUGCAACCAAUGCGACACGGCUAACGGCUACAAGUCUCUCGGAGGCGGACCGACGGCUGCAGGAGGCUGCUGCGCCAAGGGCACGGACGUCUGCCCGGCCACUGUCGCCGGCUGAGGCCGCCGAGCCGCGAACAACAAGCCAAGACGCACGGCACACGCUAAAUGGCCCUGUUAGAGUAGAAGCCAGUUAAUUGCACAGCGGAUAACCGCACACUUCUGUUAAUUGCACGGAAUCAUAAAAUCCAAAAUCGGCGAGGGCCAGGUGGAUGACUUCAGAUUAUUGCACAAUCCGGAUAAUUGCACGAAAUGUGCUGACAAAUGCAAUUAAAUGGCGUCUACUGCAUCCUUAAACUUGGCAAAGUAGUCCGCUCAGUUUGUAAUGGUUGAGAUCUCCUACAUAACGCGGCUUUAGUAUGUGUCGGUGAUGCCAUGUUUUGAGAAAAUGCGCCUUUAGCAUUUUCUCGGAUACAUUUUCCGAUAAGAUAUCGGUGACGUUACUUACUGAUCAUUACGUCAAUUCGACUGUCGAAUGUAGCAUUAUUGAAUGAGUUUACAAGCCUUUUGAAGUCUUUGCUGCCUAUGCAUGCUUGUCCUCUUGGAAUGUAUUCGUCCAACAGUACUUACUUACUUACUUAUACACUUACCCUCUUCGUCCUUGUAGAGAUGUAUGUGUAGGUAUUCGUCCAAUAGUUGAUUUACAAAUUUAGCUCGAACUCGAAGGCAAAUAGACACAUCUACAAUCCUUCAUCGUCACUAAAAGUAUCUGUAAGCCUAACCAUGGAUGUUUUUCUGAAGCAUGUUUGAACAUGCGAAUCUCGCUGUAAAGCAUAUUGCAUUCACUCAUGCUGUUAUUUUGCUACCCAUUUAAAAACGUUAUUUCGGUGUUAGUGCUUCAUAUCACUCUUGUAAGCAACCCCCUGAUAUGUAAUUUAUUCCAAAUUAAUGCUGCUAAUCAUUUUUCAAACAUCCAGUUACUGAUUAAAGCAAAACAAUC